AUGAAAAGCAUCAUCAGUGUAAUGAAUUGGAAAGCUUUCACAUGUGCUAAUUAUCUUCACAGGCAUGCAAGAAGUCGUACUGGAGAGAAAACCUCUGAAUAUCCCCAGUGUAAAACCUUUGCAUGUCACUGUCAUGCUCAGAGGCGUGAAAACAUUCAUAUUGAAAAGAAACCCUGUGGAGUUACUCAAUAUGUUGAAGCCUUUGCACAUCACAGUAGUCUCCAAAUACAUAAAAGAACACAAACUCUCCAGAAUUUCUAUUUAUGUGAUCAAUUUGGUAAAGCCUGUGAAUUUGCAAAUCACAGUCAUCUUAAAAGCCACAAAAGAAUUCAUACUAGAGAGAAACCAUAUGAAUGUAACCAAUGUGGGCAAUCCUUUCCAUAUCACAGGAGUCUUCAAAUGCAUGAAAGAAUUCAUACUGGAGAGAAACCCUACAAAUGUAAUCAAUGUGAUAAAGCCUUUACAAAUCACACGGGUCUCCUAAGACAUAAAAGAACACAUAGUGGGGAGAAACCCUAUGAAUGUAACCAAUGUGGUAAAACCUUUUCACAGCACUAUAAUCUCCAAAUGCAUAAAAGAACACAUACUGGAGAGAAACCAUACGAAUGUAACCAGUGUGGUAAAGCCUUUUCAUAUCACAGGAGUCUUCAAAUGCACGAAAGAAUUCAUACUGGAGAGAAACCAUAUAAAUGUAAUCAAUGUGAUAAAGCCUUUUCACGGCACAAUAGUCUCCAACUGCAUAAACGAACUCAUACUGGAGAGAAACCUUACAAAUGCAGUCAAUGUUAUAAAGCCUUUUCACAACACAGUCAUCUUGGAAUGCAUAAAAGAACACAUACAGGAGAGAAACCCUAUGAAUGUAGUCAAUGUGGUAAAACCUUUGCAUGCCAUAGUCGUCUUCAAAGGCAUAAAAGAAUUCAUAAUGUAAAAAAGCCUAUGGAUAUACUUAAUGUGAUGAAGUCUCUAUGA